CCUGAAAACUGGAACAUGGAUAGAAUAAAUCAGACAUUUGUGAAAGAAUUCAUUCUUCUGGGACUCUCUGGUUAUCCAAAACUUGAGAUUAUUCUCUUCGCUCUAAUUCUCGUUAUGUACCUGGUAAUUCUAAUUGGCAAUGGUGUUCUGAUCAUAGCAAGCAUCUUUGAUUUCCGUCUUCAUACCCCCAUGUACUUCUUCCUGGGCAACCUCUCUUUCCUGGAUAUCUGCUAUACAUCCUCCUCUGUUCCCUCGACUUUGGUGAGCUUGAUCUCAAAGAAAAGGAAUAUUUCGUUCUGUGGAUGUGCAGUGCAGAUGUUCCUUGGAUUUGCCAUGGGGUCAACAGAGUGUUUGCUUCUUGGUGUGAUGGCUUUUGACCGCUACGUGGCCAUCUGUAACCCUCUGAGAUACCCCAUCAUCAUGAGCAAGGUGGUGUAUGUACUGAUGGCUUCUGUGUCAUGGUUCUCUGGUGGAGUCAACUCAAUUGUGCAAACAGCUCUUGCCAUGCAAUUGCCUUUCUGUGAGAAUAAUAUCAUCAAUCAUUUCUUAUGUGAGAUACUGGCUGUUCUCAAGUUAGCUUGUGCUGAUAUUUCCCUCAAUUUUUUUACCCUAGCAGUGUCAAAUAUGGUUUUUCUGGUUCUUCCACUUCUGGUCAUUUUUUUCUCCUACAUGUUUAUCCUCUAUACCAUCUUGAGAAUGAGCUCAGCCACCGGGAGACGCAAAGCUUUUUCUACUUGUUCAGCACAUCUGACUGUGGUGAUCAUAUUUUAUGGUACCAUCUUUUUUAUGUAUGCCAAACCCAAGUCUCAAGAUAUCCUUGGGCAAGACAGUUUGCAAGCUAGGGAGGCGCUUAUUUCUAUGUUUUAUGGUGUAGUGACUCCGAUGCUAAAUCCUAUAAUCUAUAGCUUGAGAAAUAAGGAUGUAAAAGCUGCUGUAAAAUACUUGCUGACUCGGAAAGCUGUUAACCAAUAAGACCAAGGGGAAAUGUGGGUGUUUGGUGUACAGCGACUAGACUUGGCAUCUUUGGAUAAUUAUUGACAGUCUUCUUUGGGGAAAGCAAAGUUAUAGGGAGACAUUUUUACUCUUUGUCUUUACUCAAUUCAUUUAGCUAUAAUCACUGAGAACAGUAGUCUGCUAUAAAUGCAAAUUCUAAUAGGUUCUGAUCCCUAUUUCACAAAGACAAUUGCUUUAGGGUCUUUUCUUUGGUGAUACCAAUGAGUGUGUUCAGUGCACUGCGUGGCAACACAAUAAAAAA